GGAUCAGAUCCGACUUUUCCUUCCUUUCUGUAUUCCAUCCACACUAACCACCAACAACAGUCGCAAUGGCCCCCAAGACCAAGACCCCCGCCGCCGCUAAGGAGAACGUCUCCCUCGGCCCCCUCGCCGGUGAUGGCAAGCUCGUUUUCGGUGUUGCCCGCAUCUUCGCCUCCUUCAACGAUACCUUCGUUCACGUUACCGAUCUUUCCGGUCGUGAAACCAUCUGCCGUGUUACCGGUGGUAUGAAGGUCAAGGCUGAUCGUGACGAGUCCUCCCCUUACGCCGCCAUGUUGGCCGCUCAGGACGUCGCUGUCCGCUGCAAGGAGCUCGGCAUCAACGCCCUCCACAUCAAGAUCCGUGCCACCGGUGGUAACGGCACCAAGACCCCCGGUCCCGGUGCCCAGUCCGCUCUCCGUGCCCUUGCCCGCUCCGGCAUGCGCAUCGGUCGCAUUGAGGACGUCACCCCCACCCCCUCCGACUCUACUCGUCGCAAGGGUGGUCGCCGUGGUCGCCGUCUGUGAGCGUUUGCGGCUUGGUCUUUCCCUUCCCCUUGCAAGUCAUUGCAUUGCUGGAUUGGAGGCUAUUUGCGGGCUUCUCCUGCAUCUGUGGAUGGAAUAAACGCGAGGAACGGCCUUGAUCGCCUGGUCUUCAAUUUUUUUCAUACGCUGAAAAUCAACUCUCGGGCUUUGAUGUUGGAUUAGGUAGUGCUAAAUCAACAACUUGACCUAUAUA